AUGGGUGAUAGAGCACCACUCUUAAACGUGUCCAGUAAAUUUUCUAUUGGCGAUCAUGAUGAUAAUGGAAACAAGAAACAAUUUUUCACCAAUAGUUUUUCGGAUUGGCGUCGAUGGUUCAGCAGAAAAGGCAGCGAUAAUAAAUAUAUAAAAUUAGAUGAUGAUACUGAACGUAGUGACAAAGAUGAACCAGUUGGUAUUUUUCGUUUAGUCAUCUUCAUCUUUGCACAAUGUUUGACCUACUUCGCUUCUACUGGUCCUUUCUUUCAAUCAUUUUCAGAAGCUCGAGGUGCAGCAGCACCAGUGUUUCGACUUAUUGACGAGGGAAAUGAUGCAAGUAUCAAUGAAAUAGAUAUUUGGAAAGAGGAUACAGAAGCUAUUUAUAAUAUCAAUGGUGAUAUUGAAUUUGACAAUAUCAACUUUAGUUAUCCAUCUCGAAAAGAUGUAUCAGCUCUGCGUAAUCUCUCUCUUAUUGCUCGUGCUGGCCAGACAACUGCUCUCGUAGGUUCAAGUGGUUGUGGAAAAAGUACAUGUAUAUCACUUUUUCUUCGUUAUUAUGAACCAUCAUCAGGUCGAAUAAUGAUCGAUGGUCGACCAAUAACAGAUUACAAUGUCCAACAACUUCGACAAAAUAUUGGAGUUGUUAGUCAAGAACCUAUUCUGUUUGGUAUGAGUAUUUAUGAAAAUAUUCGUUUUGGUAAUGUAAAUGGAACACAAUUAGAAAUUGAACAAGCAGCACGAGAAGCAAAUGCACAUAAUUUCAUCAUGCAAUUACCAGAUAAAUAUGAAACACUUGUUGGUGAACGUGGUGUACAGUUGAGUGGUGGUGAAAAACAACGUAUUGCAUUAGCUCGUGCUCUUGUCAAACAGCCUACUUUCCUUUUACUGGAUGAAGCAACAAGUGCACUUGAUAAUGUUAGUGAAAAACUUGUUCAAGAAGCACUCGAUCGAGUAUGCAAAGGUCGUACAACUAUCGUUAUUGCUCAUCGUUUGACUACAAUUCAAAAAGCUCAUCAUAUAUAUGUAUUAGAUAAAGGAAAUGUGAUUGAGCAAGGUACUCAUGAAACAUUAAUGGCAAAAGAAGGAGGCAAAUACCAAACAAUGGUUAAACAUCAACAAAUGGAAAGAAUCAAUGACGAUCAAGAUAAUAUGAUGAGCAUACAAAAAGCGAUAGAAGAGGAUGAAAAGUUGAAAUUUGAACGUUCUCGUUCACUUGGCGAUGGUCAAAUUGUUGAUGUGAACAAAGUACAAAUACUACUGCAAUUAUUUAUAAAAACCAUUAAUGAUAAUCUCUCUUUUAGCAAAGUUCAAAGCUAUUCAGACAAAGAUUUGUCUUUUUAAGACUCUUAUCAAUGAAUAGUUCUGAAUGGAUCACGAUCUUGAUUGGUUGCAUAGCAUGUGUACUUAAUGGAGCAGCUCAACCAUUGUUUGCAUUUUUAUUCGCCAAAAUAGUCGAAGUGAGCCAUUCAUUCAUACAGAUAUCGUGCAAAAAUAUUGAUAAUAUACAGUAAAACCUCUAUAAGAUGAACACCAUUGGGCCUUCCGAAAAAGGGUUCAUUAUGAGAGGUGUUCAUCUUAUAGAGGUUUUGCAUAAAUUGAACUGUUGGAUGCAUACAAUGGUCAGGAGGACUAUUUCGAUAAUUACACAAUUCAUGUGAAGUUCAUUGCAGAUGAAUCAAAGAACGAAACCAAAUCUAUCAUCUAGUGCAUGACUUUUCUUCAAUCUUUAUUGAAAAUAAUCCUCCAUUGCUCUCUAUUGGGAACUUUUCGUGUUGAUGUACUAGGUGGGUAAAAAUAUUAUUCCAUGGGGGUAACGCUAUGAUUUCAAAUAGCAAUCAUAACAAAUUUUAUACCAAAUUAAAGCGCGUCAAAAACGGGAUUUAGCAGUACUAUAUAGUAAGGGAUAUGGAAACUUUUCUGUAUUAAAUUGAAGCAAUUUUCAAAAAUACUAUGCUGUGUUGUCGCAGAAAAUCAGAGUUAUGAGACAAUUUAAACUAGAUCUCUUUUCAAAUGUUGACAUAUGACAAAGAAAUUUUUAUUUUUAUUAAAGUUCAGUGAAUAUAAUCAAUAAUCAGUAUGACGACCGUUAGCAUUCUUUACAGCAUGAAGACGUGACGGAUACGAACAUAAGAGAGUUUCAAAUAAUUCAACAUCCGUUUCCAUAUUUUUCAAAACAUCUGCAAUGUGUUUCUUCAAAGUUUCUCCUCGAUAACGAUCAUGUUCCGUUUCUGAUAGCAUUUUUUUUUUCAAGUUCAUUUUUAAUUACUGUUCCAAUAUGUUCAGCCACAUUUAGAUCAGGCGAGUUUCCGGGCCAAGUGUCAUUUCCCCAGAAUUUGAUGUUAUUGUCUUGAAGCAAAUGUUGAGUCAUAUUUGCUCGCAUGCAUGGUGCUUUGUCAUGGGCAAAUAUUACUUCAUCCGGAUCGAUAACAUUUUCUUCAUUUUUAGAAAUGGUAUCACAUGUUGCAUUAGAAUUGUAUCACGAAAAUAUUGACCCGUCCAAGAUUCACCUUUGUCUUUGAUAACCCAAUGUAACUUUUUGGCAGUAAAAAUCACAAAAAUCCCAAUACACACUUGAUUUUUAACCAUUUCACGAUGGCUCAUUCUCAAAAGAGAUACAAUUUCUUUUUUGUAUAUAAUUAGCACCAAAUGACUUGGAAAAAAAUUUGUUCUAUCAUUUCCUAAAUCUAACUAUUGAUCAUUGUCAUAGGUAUUUAAUUCUACC